AACUAAGUUCACUUUGAAUGAAUCCAUUGGAAGCGGAUGGGUGCCACAGUGAAGACGUUCUCUGUGUCUGAUGUGUGUGUGUUUGUGUGCAGGAUGAGCAUGAGGGAUCUUCAGAAAGUUCUCACUCAGGUCCUCCUCCUGGCUCUCCUCCUGGGAUCUCCAGCACAAUCCAGGGAAUAUCAGGUGGUGCGUGACGUGCGGACGGGAACGUGUGAGGUGGUGGCGUUACACCGAUGCUGCAAUAAGAACAAGAUCGAGGAGCGUUCGCAGACCGUCAAGUGCUCGUGUUUCCCGGGACAAGUGGCAGGAACCACCAGAGCGGCUCCGUCCUGCGUAGACGGUACUAAAAACACACCGGACAGAGAUAUUCUACAAACUCCGAGUCCUAUAAUCCAGCAUGAAUGA